AUGACAACAUCGGUCGCCGAAAACAAUGUAUUGUCGGCUGGCGGCGAUGCGAAGUCGGAAAAUUCGAUCCCGACAGAGCUUCUGACCAGACACCCUCUCCAGAAUCGAUGGGCUCUCUGGUAUUUGAAAGCUGAUCGUAAUAAGGAAUGGGAGGAUUGUUUGAAGAUGGUUUCCCUUUUUGAUACUGUCGAGGACUUCUGGUCUCUCUACAAUCACAUCCAGUCUGCCGGCGGAUUGAACUGGGGAUCCGAUUACUAUCUCUUCAAAGAAGGAAUCAAACCGAUGUGGGAAGAUGUCAACAACGUACAAGGAGGACGUUGGUUGGUUGUCGUUGAUAAGCAAAGAAGAACACAACUGCUUGAUCACUAUUGGUUGGAGCUGCUGAUGGCUAUCGUCGGAGAGCAAUUCGACGAGUUCGGAGAUUAUGUCUGUGGUGCUGUUGUCAAUGUUCGUCAAAAGGGGGACAAAGUUUCUCUGUGGACUCGCGAUGCCACUCGUGACGAUGUCAAUCUCCGUAUUGGCCAGAUUUUGAAGCAGAAGCUCGGUAUUCCGGAUACUGAGAUUCUCAGAUACGAAGUUCACAAGGAUUCAUCUGCUCGCACUUCUUCGACUGUCAAGCCACGUAUCUGCCUCCCAGCCAAGGAACCGGCUCCAGCUAAAGAAAAAGUUGCGGGAUCGUCUCCAUCAACUGCUACUGCUGGUUCUCCAACUCAUGGAACCACUCCAACCACCCCCACUCCUUAA